ACUUUAUUGCAGAAGUUCUUCCUAUUCAUCACCUUUAUCCUCCUUGAAUUGAUCAAAUUUCCAAGUAUGUUGACUCACUCUUAGUCCAUCAAAUUUCAACACACCUCACAUGAAAGGAAUGAAACAACUUAUUGGUUAGCAAUGGUGGCUCUACCGAGUGUGAAUGCGUCUUUCUUAGCUUACUUUAGUAUUAUUUUGAUGGAUGUCAAAAUUAGGACUAUGACUUGUUUUAUUUGUGAGCCAACAUAGUUUGUGAAUCAAAAAAUUGAUUGGGAAAACUUUUUUCAAUUAUGCAUAUUGAUAGGUGUAGGUUAUGAUUGUAUUACAAUUCAUCUAAGUAAACUGAAAUCAAUUUGUAGUGAAUUUUGCAUUCAUUAAUUGACUCAUGAAUUCAUGAAUGGAUUCAUGACAAAUAAAUUUAAAACUCUAAAGUUCAGAGCACACGAGUCAUUUCAAGUGUAAGGGUUCUUCACAUGAUCAACAGGUCACUUUUUCAAUGCAUUAAACUAUGUUUUCUUAUUGAAGUAUCUCCUAUAUGUAAAUAUAUAUAAUUUAUCAUAGACUUUUCUUGAAAUAUUCAUAUUUUCAUCUCUUUUAAUCUCCAAGUCUCACAGUCUAGACAACAAAAAAAUGGGUUACCACCUCCAAAAGCUUCAGCAGCAGUCAACAAAAACCACAAUUUCCAAACUGCGUUCAUCCAUAACAUCUUUCAAUUCUCCAUUCUCUUCUUCCCCUCCAAUUCAAAACCAACCUCCCCCUAACUCACUUCCCAUUUCCCAACCCCCAAUGUUAACACCCUCCGAACUAACUAAAAUCAACAACCUAAUCCCCCGUCUCAUCCACUCCAACCAACUCCCAACCGCCCUCCAUCUCACCAAAAUCGCCCUCUCAUCAAAUCCACCUCUCCACUCUCUCAACCUCACACCACUCAUCACCACCCUCUCUUCCCAACAACACCUAACUCACACCAUCUCCCUCCUCACCCAUCUCCUCCACACUCCACAGUCUCACUCUCACAUCUCCCCUAUCUCCCACAUGCUUCUCUCUUCUUAUAUCGAUAACCGUAACACAAAUCAUGCUUUCAAACUCUUCCGCUGGCUUCAGAGACCCGGUUCUCCUUCUCCUCCUGAUGACCACAUGUUUCGACUUCUCAUUCCUGNNNUUUGCCGCGACGGUUUUCUUCUCCAGGCUAUUGGUGCUUUUAGGGAUAUGGUUGGUGGGGCCCACACGGAGUUUGGUUCUUGUGUCGAUUGCGGCCAGUGGUUGUACCGUGGGUUGCUUAGUCAGGCUAGGGUUAAUCAAGCUAUGGACCUCAAUGCCGCUCUUUUGAGUCUCGCACGUGAUACUCGUGAGAAGGGAAGGGUCUUGCACGUGCUGGACACUAUCAUCGCUGAUUGGAUGGAGUAGAUGAAGUUUCAGAAACAUGCUUGGUUUCACUGUUUUUUAAUUUUUAAUUUUUUAUUAUUAUUAUUAAUUUCAGGUGUUUAAUGAUUGCUAUGUUAUGUAAAUUAGCUUUUUUUUUGGGGUCUACCUACAAACCCUUGAAAUUCACACUCAACUAUGGGGUCUUGUAUUUGAACUUGGUCGAAGAUGUCUAGUCUAACAAUAUCAACAUUUGAUAGUUGAAUUAGGCUCUAAGAAAGUAAUUUAGUUUUAUACUGGCGUAUAAAGAAAACUCAGCAUAUUGUGAUAAACUGAUUUUGUACAUUUUAAAAUAAUUGCAAAAUGUUUGAUUCUCAUCGAA